AUGAUGAUGAGUAGCAUUGUGAAGAAGCUCUUGUUCUGUGGAGCAAAAGGGUUUCCCUCCAUUUCAGACUCAGACGACUCUCGAGUAGUGCCUAUGACACAAGCCGGUCAAGUCCGUGUGUGUGUUGGAAGAGACAUUGAUCUGAUGUGCAAGUUUGAGAUGGAAGCCAAUUACCUAAACCACCCACUCUUCCAGAGUCUACUGGAGCUCUCCGCCGAGCAAGAGUUCAGUUAUUCCUACGAUGGAGCCCUAAGAAUAGCGUGUGAUGUCGAUCUGUUCCACUAUCUUCUUCAUCUCUUUGAAACCAGCAAUCCCUCCGCCCAUUACAUGGAGCUUUCCGAUCUCAUUUCCAAGUUCUACGCUAGUGCUAUCUACAAUUAG